AUCGACAUCCAUUACGCUUUACGAUGCGACGGGGCUUCGGCUGCGAGUUUCAGUUUAUGACGAAAGUUUAAUUGAAAAGAAAAAAAAGAUAUUUUUAGUUCGAUUGUUUUCUUUUUGCUUUUGCACAAUACACAAAAAGCUUACACCCAAAAUCAAAAAUUUCGGACGGAAUUUUUGUGUUCUUGUUCUCAUUUUUCAUUUCGCAAAUGUCAAUUGGAAAAUUUCCUUAUUUUUAAUGGCGCUGAAUACAAUUUAACAAAAAAAAAACCAAGUGAAAUGUGCUGAAUGAUUAUAUUUUUUCCAAUCUGAAAAAUUUACCACGACCUUUAUCCCUGGUUUUGGUUUUUCUGGUGCAAAAAGAAAUUCUCAUUUUCUUUCUACCGAAUUCAUUAAAAACAAUACUGUUGAAAUUAUUACAUAAAGGGAAAAGAAUGUUCUUUUCUUUCCAAUGUGCUAGUGCUUGAAUGUCAGGCCGCAACGUCGCCGUCGUCCGUCGCUUCAGCCCCAAAUUGUAAAAAAGAAAAAAACCAAAAACAUUCGAGUUGAAGAUCAAAAUCAAAAAUCAAGAAGGAUAAUACACAAAAAAUACGACGACACACGUUCAAUUCAACAUUAACAGAUUAUACGAUUUUCCCAAAAAACAACAAAAUUAAAAUUGGGAGAGAGAACUUGUGUGUUCAAGACCCGACCACGACCACGACCCUCUUCAUCAAGGAACAGACAAAACGAGAAGCAAUCGAGAAAAUAUAGCAGCAGAAGCGUAAAGGAGGAGCGGAGCAGUAGCAGAGCAGAUUGUUGGUGGUGUGGCGGAGGUGGUUUGCAAUUCCCAACAACAACGAAGACGACUAGAAUAGAGGAGGAGGUGAUACUACUACCGUUUCUCGGUUUCUCGGGGUAAAAAGUGCAGUUCUGUUUUGUGUUGAACAAUGAGUCGACAUGAAGGAGUUAGCUGUGAUUCGUGUCUCAAAAGCAAUUUCAAUGGCAGACGUUAUAAGUGUCUCAUUUGCUAUGACUAUGAUCUUUGUGCUGAUUGUUAUGAAGAGGGUGUCACCAGUACCAGACAUUCAGUGGAUCAUCCAAUGCAAUGCAUCCUAACACGAUCCGAUAUUGAGUUAUUUUUCGGUGGAGAAAUGCUCAAUUCAGAACAGCCACAAAGUUUCACCUGCCCCUAUUGUAAAAAAAUGGGUUUCAGCGAUUCGACACUGUUGGAACACGUAAGUUCAGAGCAUACAGAGACGAGUUUAGAAGUUGUUUGUCCAGUGUGCGCGGGUUUGCCAGGGGGUGACCCAAAUCUAGUCACAGAUGAUUUUGCUGGUCAUUUGACAUUGGAGCAUAGAACCGGACCGCGAGAGCUGUUAUCGUUUUUAGAUGAGCCAUCAGCAAUUCGUCACGGUGGUGGGGUACGUCGAAUUCCAGGACGUACAUUAGGCGGACCGCGAUCUCGUAGGUCAAAUAUGCUAGUUAAUUCUUCAAGUGGCCUAUCAGCUUUAUCACCAUCUGGUCGUGAUUCGGUUGAUCCGAUUGCUGAGCUAUUGUCACAACUAUCAGGUGUCCGUCGUGGUGGUGGAAGUGGUUCACAGUCAUCUCAAUUACAACAGCUCCAGAUGCAAAUCCAACUAGAACGACAGCAGGUAAUUGCUUCUCGGCAACAAUUAGAAAGAUUACCAAGGCGUCAAGCACACCCAAUGGUGUCUUCAUCCAGUUCAAAUGCAACAAUGCAAGAAAUUGGCAAUGGUAGUUCAGGUACUCCAAGCAGCAGCGGCGGCGGUGGCGCCGGUACAGGUGGAUGCCGUGCCACCGAAUGGACUGUUAAUAACACAACCACAUCAUCGAUUCAACAAUCACAGUCAAAUGUGGGUGGCACAAGUGGCAGCGGUGGUUCUGCGCUCAAUACCAGAGAAGUACCAUUGAAUACAUCUGUGUUGACAGUUAACGAUUUCGGUUUGUCGUCAUGUCAAUUUCUACAGCCAGCUGUUAAUGGCAGUGGUGCAGGCAACACAAACACAUCUGAUGGUGGUGGUCAAUCUUCUCAGUUCUUGCUUUCCAAAUUUAUGACUCCUACAUUGAGUGAGGAUGAACUAGCACGGCUUGAAAAGGAUCGUGCUGAUCGAUCUCUUUACGUUCAGGCUAUGCUUCUUUCCACUCUGGCCAGUUUUAAACAUGAUUCAGAUUGGAAUAGCAUUAGUAAACACAAAAAUGCCAAAUCGCAAUCAGAGAGACCCCACAGCAGUGACAGCGAUGGCAUUACAACUGUACAUAGUAACGCAGCCAUUGCAAGUAAUGAAACAACCAGUGAUGAACAAACUGUCAUGAACAACAACACAAUGAACCGUGACCAACAGCAGCAGACAUGUCCAGAGGACUUUGUCGAAGAAUACUCACUCCAGCAUCAGACGUCAUACAAUUCAAACAACGCCGUUUCUAAAAAGAAACCAACGUCGUCUGGAGGCAAAGGUGGCACCCAAGGCCUCGCCACUGCCUCAACAAUGGUCCUCGAAAGACGUGGCCGUCCACCACCACCACCCGUAGCCGUGGGUGGUGGUGCUGGUGGCGGCACCCAACCGCAACAGGGUCCCAAUCAGCAAAAGCCAACGCGAGAAAUGAAAACAACAAGCUCUUCAAUGUCUGCUUCAAAUGAAAUUCCAGAUUCUAGGUAGUGCUGCUUUCAUUUAAUAUUAUUAUUAUUAUUAUUGAAACUUCUUAUACUAUUAUUAAAAAGAUAUACAUUUUGAAAAAAAAAGAAAGAAAAAUCGCAAAAAAAACUACAAAUUAACUAAAUGAUAACUAAUAUGUGAAAAAAAGAAAAAUAUUAAAUUUAAAAAAAAAAUAGUUUUUUUGUUUCCCAGUUUACGCCCUUAAAAUGAAGAACAAAUCAAUUCCCCCUAAAACUAACGUGAUCCCUCACGACCACUUUGAUUUUCAUUUCACACAAAAAACAAAACCUUAGGUAUGCAAAUAUGAAAUUAAAAUGUUCUACUUUAUAAGUUUUAAUAAUUAUUAUAAAUUGUUGAAGGAAAACUGAUUUCCGUUGUUUGUUUUAAAUAUUUUUAUUUGUUUUCUUCUGUUUUUGUGAUCUCUCCUAAGUUUGUACGAAUAUCUUCAGUUUUGAAUGGUUUUCUAUUUCUAUUCAAACAUACAAAUUGAGAACUAGAUUUAUGGUAAACUGAAAUCAUUUGAAAUCGUUCUGUUACAUCGUUCUAUCCCUAACUCAAAAAGUGAAUAAUACAAAAAAGAAAGAUAUUAACAAAAUAAAACUAAAAAAUAAAAUCAAGCAACAAACAGAAAAUAAUGAAAACAAAUUUAAAAAAUUGUAUUUAUGAGUUAAUAUUUUAUUAUUACAAAUAAGUGUAAGAAUAUGUAUUUAUAUAUUAUAACGAAGCAACUAAGAAGCGAAUAAAAUGGAUGAACCUUGCAAAAAAAAGAAAAAAUAAUAUAGAA